AUGGCUACGACUGAGUUCGGCAUCGUCUACGCCGUCCACAUCAUCACCGUCCAGUUCGGUUCCGUCGUAUCGAAAGUCUGCGAAUGUCUUCUCCGUAGAGGACCUCUUUCCUCGCGGGACAUCUCUCGUCUUGCGGAAUCUGACAUCAAUCACAACAAAGUCAAGGACAUUCUGUACCUCUUGAUUCAGCACAAUUGCGUUCAAGCUUUCUCUGUUGAACCGCCUGAUGGUUCCGAGAGCAAAGCUAUUGUGCAGUACGUUGUGCUGUUUAACAACAUUCUUCAUCGUGUGAGGUAUAACAAGUUUUCGAGGAUUGUAAACGAAGAACUUGGGUCUCAGUGCGUCGCAGUUCUUGAUGGUUUACUUGGUAACGGUAGGCUUACCUUGGGACAGCUGAUAGAAAGAGACAAAGAUUCAGAACAUACAAUAGGUUCAGAAGCGAUAAGAGAUUCUCUUCAGAGAUUGGUUGCUGCACGUUUUGUGGAGCGCAUUCCUUCUCCCGAACCUGUUCUUGGAAACAAAGAAGGGCCUCCAAAGAAAAGAGGCGCUAAAGCUGCCACGAUUUUUAAAGAACCGGAAAGCUUAGAGGAACGUGUUCUUGAAGCAGCAACUCCAGUUGAAGCAAUAAGGUUUCCACUUAUAUUCGAACAAGAGUCAAAUAUAUCUUUAGCUGAUGAUGAUAGCAACAUCUCUGCGGGGAAGCGUAAACAACCCGAUGUGGACUCAUCAGAUCAGAGCAAUGAAGUAAUAUGGCGUCCUAAUUUCGAGGAGUUCAUCCGCCGCCUUAGGCAUAAGGCGUGUGUGGAGAUAGUGAAAGACCGCAGGGAUGAAGGAUGUGCCAUUGUCUUGAAGGCAAUGUUAGAAGUUGGAAGAUCUCAGGAGAAGAAGGUGAAAACCGACAAGUCGGUUCCAAUAUCAAUGGGUUCCAUCUACGAAGAGGUUAUAAAGACAGAAGCAGGCCGCACUAUGCUACAAGAGCGAGUUGAAGCAUGCCUUGAACAAUUGAGUGCAACCUCUUCUUAUCUACCAGCAUUUGUGAUUGAAACGGAUGAUUCGUAUGUAGUUGAUUUUAAAUCCAUCAUCAGCGUAGCACAGAAAGAUGAGAUAGAAGCAGUGAUUAUGAGAAGAUACGGUAAAGAAGCUUUCAGAAUGUUCAGAUACUUAUCUCAGGAAGACCGCUUUGUUGAGACUGAUAAGAAACUGGCGGUGACUGGUACAUUUUGUCCCUUCCAAUUGUGGAAGGUAAACAAGCUGAUUGUGUCGAGGCAAAUGUUGGAUGAGAUGUAUCAUGCUUCCUUAAACUUGAGUCUCAGGUUGACCCAUGAAGUUGAUUCCGAGAAAGAGUUGCUGUUGCUGCCAACGACGAAACUUGAAGGAGCAUUGAAGGAGAGACUGAAUAAGAUCAAAGCUAAGAGGAUGUUGCUCUCUUCCACUAGGUUUAAACUUGAUGAUGCCAUUAUGCUUUUUCAUGACUUCUAA